GUGACGAGGCGCUAAGAUUUAAAGAUUUUUAAGAAUUUGUAAAUUUUUAGAGUUUUAGAUUUGAUUAUUUGAAAAUUUUGGAAAUAUUUCAGAAUUUUUUCCUUUACACCGGGCGACAAGGUCUGUUGAGCCAUGCCUGAAGUCGGGGCGGCACGGUCUCUAAAGCUAUGCCUGAAGUGUUUCCCGCACUUUCAAUAUGGCCGCUGCAUGUGUGCCAACUGUCGAUAAUUAAAAUUUAUGAAAUCAUACCACUACAAUUUAUUGUCCAGCUCCAACAGCUAAUCAGCGUACGCCGUGGAUGUGGUGGCGCUUUGAUCGCGGUGCCGAAAUUACGGUUUGUUCGCCGCACUUUAAUUGACAAGGGGGAUAUAAAAUUUUCACCGGGGGAGUGGUAUGGACCAGAAAAUUUUUCACAAAACACGGAGCACAAUGCGACGCGUCCUACCUGUAUGGCAGCUAUGUUGGAACUCCUCUCCGUGGGUACAGUCAGUUCCAAAAAAUGAAAACAAAGCACUGAUGGCCUAACGAAUGGACAGCUGAGAAAGAUUUCCAUAAGAAUUCUUGUAAGAAUAAUUAACCUAUUGGUACU